GACCUCCAUAAUGUUCCUGGUUCUGUUUGUUCUACUGAUUCUGCUGCUCUCCAGACGGCUGAACUAAAGUCCUCAGAGCUGCUGGUCGGUUCUGGUCUUCAGUCUGUUGUUCAGCUCAGGGCUCGGACUAACACCUGGUUCUGUUUCUUUCAUUUCACUGCCUGAUGGAUCAAAGCUCUGAAAGGUUCUGCAGUGAGUUUAACACAAAACGUGUCUGGAACGUUUCUGGGAUGUUUUGAUGAUUCUUGAAGCUGAAAUCUGGCAAACAGUUACAGGUUCUGUCAGAUCUUUACCGGAUCCUGAAUCUCCGUCAGAGUGAGACCUCGUCGUCCCUCCGCUCUUUGAGGCACUGCGCAUGCGUCGAAACCACACCGGAAGUAAACAAGCAGCCUGGCGCCGUGUGUCCGCGUGCAGCAGAGAUCCACCAGCUUCAACAAGAAACUGAUCUGCAGCAUCAAGUCUACACCUCCUCAUCACCUCCUCAUCACCUCCUCAUCACCUCCAUCACCUCCUCAUCACCUCCAUCACCUCUUCAUCACCUCCUCAUCAUCUCCAUCACCUCCUCAUCACCUCCAUCACCUCCUCAUCACCUCAUCACCUCCUCACCUCCUCCAUCACCUACUCAUCACCUCACCUCCUCCAUCACCUACUCAUCAUCUCAUCACCUCCUCACCUCCUCCAUCACCUCCUCACCUCCUCCAUCAUCUCCUCCAUCACCUCCUCAUCACUUCCUCCAUCACCUCCUCAUCACCUCCUCUAUCAUCUCUCUUCAUCACCUCCUCCAUCACCUCCUCUAUCAUCUCUUCAUCACCUCCUCCAUCACCUCCACUGUCAUGAAUCCUGCAGGUUCUUCCUCCCUUCAGAAGAAGAGGAGGAGGUCAGAGAGUCUGAAGGAACCUCCUUCUCCAAUGGACAUCAACACUCCUGAGAGAGUGAAGGAGGAGGAAAAGAAGAAGAGAGACAAAGAGGAGGAGGAGGAGAUGAUCAGUCUUCCUCCUCCUGCUGAUGGAGAGAUGAGUAUAAAGAAGAAGAAGAAGAGAAGAAAAGAGGAAGAGGAGGAGGAUAGGAUCAGCCUUCCUCCUGCUGAUGGAAAGACGAGUAUAAAGAAGAAGAAGAAGAGAAGGAAAGAGGAAGAGGAGGAGGAGAUGAUCAGCCUUCCUCCUGCUGAUGCAGAGACGAGUAUAAAGAAGAAGAAGAAGGAGGAGGAGAGAGGGGUAGAGGAGGAGGAGAUGAUCAGUCUUCCUCCUGCUGACAGAGAGACGAGUAUAAAGAAGAAGAAGAACAGAAGGAAAGAGGAGGAGGAGAUGUUCAGCCUGCCUCCUGCUGAUGGACAGACGAGUAUAAAGAAGAAGGAGGAGGAGAGAGGGGAAGAGGAGGAGGAUGAACAGAUGAACAGGAAGGAAAAGAAGAAGAAGCUUCAGGUCGCUAUAGAAACCAGUGAUGCAAAAAAGAAAGCAAAGAAGAAGAAACACGAGAACCGUGUGUGUGAGGAGAGUGUCGCCAUGGCAACAAUCGGCUGCAGAGAACCGGACUCCAUUGUUACCAAGGUAACCAACAAGAAGAAAAAAAAGAAGGCACCUGUCACCAAGACAACAACCACAACAGAUCCAAACAAUGGAGAUGCAUCGAUUUCUGUGGAAACAAACAACAGGACAGAAAAGAGGAAGAAGAAGGAUGGAAAUGCGGUGGAGAAGUCCGAAGGAGAGAAGAAGACAAACCAGCAAGUGAACUGGGAUCUGGUGGAGGAGCUGCAGGAAUUUAUUCCAGAUAUCAAGAAGAAAUCAGUCGAUGAGAUCAGUAAAUUACUGCAGUACGACUUGCAGCGCUUCAAGAACUUCAAACUGCAAGGUGUGCCGCUGCGUUGGGGACGGUGCUCUAAGGAGGAGAACCAGCAAAUCAUAGAAAAUGUAGCAGACUUCCUGGCUCUGUCGGGCAUCUCCUCGGCCAAUCAGCUUCUGUUUCCUCAGAGGUUCAAAGAGCAGCAGGCGGAGCUUAAGAAGCUCAAAAUACAGCAUCACUUCCUGGAGAGGAUCGCUGAGGGGAUUCCUCGUCCGUGUCGUCAGGUUUACGUCCGGGCCAAGAAGAUUUUUGAUGGCAGGAACCACAUGGGAAGGUUCUCCAAGGAGGAAGUGGAUUCUCUGGUUAAGUUCCAGCGUCUCCAUGGUAACGACUGGAAGAUGAUCUCACAGAAGAUGGAUCGGAGCAUCUACGCUCUGGAGAAACGCUUCUCCACCAUCGCGGCAGGUCACGGCACGUGGACAGCAGAAGAAGAGUCCAGGUUGAAGCAGGCGGUCCGGACUCACCUGGAGACCCUGGUCCAGAGUCCUGCAGGGUCUGGUCUGAGCAGAGACCAGCUGUGGAACAAGCUGCCCUGGAAGGACAUCAGCCAGCAGGUGGAGAGCCGGGCCUGGACUCAGUGUCGCCUCAAGUGGUUCUCCAUCCUGAAGAGCAGAAUGUCUUCAUCAGGCAGGACAUCUAAAAGAGGAGCUGAAGGACUGGAGGCAAAAAUCCAGCUGAUCAAGAUGCUGUACCAGAUGGACAUCAGUGAUUCUUCGGACAUCGACUGGGACGACGUCGCUCUGAGUUUGGGGAACGUGACUCCUGUUUGUGUCCAGAAGAUGUUCUGCAGACUGAAGGUUUCCAGAGUUCCCAACUGGACUAGUUUACCAUUUGGAGAGAUCAUUGACCACCUGUACCACAGAUCCGUCCCCGUCCUGGAGAACCGACUGAGCAAGUGCAGGAAGAAGGUCCAUGAGGACGAGGAGGUGGACAGGUACCAGCUGUCAGACAUCUUCAACUCAGAGGACGAACACGAGGAUGAGAUGGACAACAGCUGACCAGCAGCCAAUCAGCUGGUCAGCUCCAUCCCCUGGCUGUGAUUGGCUGUUAAACUAUCAGAGGCUUUUAUCGCGAAAGCCGUGAACGUUUGAUAUUUUUAAUGUUUUACAUUGAGCUGCUUUCAUUAAACUGAUCAAUGUUAUUGAUCAGGUAUUGAUUUCUCUCAGACUUCAUGAAAAGUUUCGUUCAGUUUAUUAGAAGUUUGACAUGGUGUUACUUUAUGUUAGAUGAUCAAUAUCCAGUCAAUAUUGAUCUCACAGAUAAUAAACAGAUUGAUCAGAUCUUUAAA